UACAAGAACUCGAAAUGUUUGGUGUGCUCAAAAGAAUGACUCAAUGCCAGUACCCACAGAACUUUGCGACCCAGGUUUGGAACCAAUAAGAUCACAAUCAUGUUCAAUGGACCCGUGUCCACCGAAAUGGGCUCCAGCUAAUUGGACAUYGUGUACACACAAGUGUGGAACAAAUGGAACACAAACUAGAGAAAUUGGAUGUGUGCGAAGAAUCAAUGGUAUCGAUGUUCCCACAGAUAGUAACUAUUGUGAACAGUAUGAUGGAGUUAAACCAGCCACUGUACAACCAUGCAAUGUGGGGCUAGAAUGCCCAUUAUGGCACACUGAUCCUUGGAAACCUUGUAAUCAACUAUGUGGAGCAGGUAAACAAACCAGAAAAGUCAGUUGCUACAGAAAAGUGAAUAAAAAAAUUAUCGUUUUAAGCGAUGACGAAUGCGAUACGAAAAAACCAGAAACAGAAAAAUCAUGCCAGCUGCGUCCAUGCGAAGGUGUCGAUUGGGUGACGUCUGCAUGGUCAGGAUGUGGUGAUUGUAAUUUGGAUUUCGAAACGAGACAAGUGAUUUGUGCGAAUGCUAAAGGAAAAUUAUAUGAUUCUAAAUUUUGUAAGAAAUCAAAAUAUCCAGAAAUCAUAAGAAAUUGUACCCCUUCAGAUGCAUGCGAGUAUCAGUGGUACGCCACUCAAUGGAGUGAGUGUUCAUCAAAAUGCAGUACUGGAAAACAAAUCAGAAAAGUGUUUUGUGGAUCUUUAGUCGGUGAAUCAAUCAAAAAAGUUGAUAAUUCAAAAUGUGAUCCAAGCAAGAAAUACGAAGAUACUAAAAACUGUACUGGAAAAGAAAUAUGCAAAGGAGAAUGGUUUUCAGGCCCUUGGACUGCAUGUUCUAAGCCUUGUGGUUCUGGAGAAAAGAGUAGAAAGGUAUUUUGUAUGGUCGGCAACUCCACUGUGGACGCUAGUCAGUGUAAACCUGAAACACUUUUAUACUCUAGUGAUGAAUGUAAUAAACAGCCUUGUGGUGAAGAUCAAAUUAUGCCUGUCGAGUCUAGGAAACCAAUAACGGAAGAAGACACGCUCGAAGAAGAAGAAUGUGAAGAUGAAAUGAUAACUGUUACUCCAUUUGCAAUUGAACCUAAUUAUGAAGCUACAACAUCACCGUACACACAAUCACCCGAUGUCAAUAUGAYUGAUACAAAUUCUAAAAAUACAAUGACAUCUGAAGAAUCAAAUAUAUUUACUACAGAUUYAAUGAGCACCGAGAAUGGAAAUACUACUCCUUCAGAAAUAAAUGUAACAUCUACAGAAAAAAAAACAACUAUUACUACUACUUCCCCAAUCAAACGCAAAAAGAGACAAGCUAUUCCAGAUGCUCAACUAAAAUUUUCGAAUGCUAAAUCUACUAUUGUUCCUAAGAUUUCAAAUGAUUUAUCAACUAAUUUUGAGUCAUCAACCAUUAUUUCAACAACAGAUAUGUCAACCACUGAUAUAUCAACCACAGAUAUUUCAACAACGGAUCCAACAACUAUUGACACGCCAACAACUAUUGACGUUUCUUCGACAAUUGACUCYGUGACACCUGUUUUUCCAGCGUCACCGUCCACAUCACCUGAACUAACAACAAUUACAUCUCAGACUGAAACUCUUCAAACUGAACCAAUAACGAGUGAUGGAAAUAUAUCUUCUUCGGUGGAUAUUUCAUCAUCUACAGCUGAUUCUAGWACCGAAAAUAGUGAAAAGACCACUCCUAUGGAGUUAACAACAGUGUCAAUGUCUUCUAUUGAUACAGACAGCACUGUAGUAUCUGAUUCAAUUACUGAAACAAGUACAGAUGCAAUGAUUAGUACGGAUAUUACAUCAACCAUUAACUUAUCAUCAAGCACCGAACCAUCUACGUCUCUUUCAUCAUCAGAAACAAUCGCAUCAUCAACCGAGAUAUUAGUUAGCACUUCUGACUAUACUAGCGAAACGUCUUUAGUUAUGUCAACAUUAUCUUCAAUGACUAAUAAAACUAAAAAAACGAAUCCAUUGAUUGAGGCUUCAAAGAAGGGCAAACGUAUAUGUAAGAAGAAAAAGAAAUUGGUUGGUUGUCAGACAUCAGAAUUUGGAUGUUGUUUUGAUGACAAAACACCUGCUAAAGGACCGUUUAGUGCUGGUUGUCCAGAUGUACAUACUUGCAAAGACACAGAAUAUAAUUGUUGUUCAGAUGGUGUGACUCCUGCAACUGGUCCUAAAAAUGAAGGAUGUCCUCCUUCAGUAUGUAACGCUACUUUAUAUGGCUGUUGUUCAGAUGGCUUUAGUAUUUCACUAGGAAAUGAUUUCGAGGGAUGUCCUGUUGAGGUAACCUUGCCUGUCUUGACAACGACAUUGGCGCCUGAUCUCGGAUGCAAGAAUACACAAUUUGGUUGUUGUCCAAAUGGAAUAACUCCUGCUACGGGACCAAGUUUUCAAGGAUGUUAUCAAUGCGUUGAAGGUUCAGGAGAAUGUGAUUCAUGUUUAGAAACGACAUAUGGUUGUUGUGCAGAUAAUGUAACAGCAGCUACAGGACCAAACAUGGCUGGUUGCCAAGAUAAUUUGACAACUGAUGAAUUUAUUUCCGUAACAUCUACCUCAGAACAACCAACUGACUCAUGUCAAUUAUCAGAGUUUGGAUGCUGUCCUGAUGGAGUGACAUCCGCAUCAGGGUUUAAUCUUGAAGGAUGUGUAGGAGUUGACUUCGAUAAUUGCACUUAUAAUGAAAAUGAUACAGAAUGUUUAUCUGCAUGUGCUAAAGAACAAUUUGGAUGUUGUGGCGAUAAUGUUACUGCUGCACAUGGCCCAAAUAAAGAAGGCUGCUGCUUAUAUUCCCAAUAUGGCUGUUGUCCAGACAAUAUAGUACCAGCUAAUGGCCCUAGUCUGCAAGGAUGUGGAUGUAUUUAUACYCCAUUCGGAUGUUGCCCGGAUAAUACUACAGCUGCUAGAGGACCAAAUAACACUGGCUGUAGUUGCCAAUACACUGAACACAAAUGCUGUCCAGAUAAUUUCACACCAGCUUCAGGACCUCAGUACCAAGGUUGUCCGUGUCAUACAUAUCAGUUUGGUUGCUGUCCUGAUGGUAUUACUAAAGMGAUUGGUCCAAAUUCACAAGGGUGUGGCUGUGAAUAUACUCAAUACGGAUGUUGUGGUGAUAAAAAUACACCAGCUCUAGAUGAAACUAAAAAUUGUAGUUGCGAGGCAUCUAAAUAUGGAUGUUGCUUAGAUGGAAUAACUGAGUCUAAAGGAGAAAAUUUCGAAGGAUGUCAAUCUAAACCUAUUAUACCUGGAGAUAGAUGCAAAGAGCCCAAAGACCGCGGUAGCUGUUCAGAUUUCACUGUUAAAUGGUUCUUUGAUACUGAAUAUGGUGGUUGUUCAAGAUUUUGGUAUGGUGGAUGUAAUGGAAAUAAUAAUCGCUUCAAAACGCAAGAAGAAUGUAAAGAUAUAUGUGUUGAACCAUCUGGUCGAGAUGUAUGUUACUUACCAAAAAGCGUCGGACCAUGUGAAGGAUAUUACCCUACUUGGUACUACGAUCAGGACCGAAAACAAUGUGCGCAAUUUGUUUAUGGUGGAUGCCUUGGUAAUAAUAACAAAUUUCAAACACGUGAAGAAUGUGAACAUCUUUGUGUCAUUCCUGAUACUUUGGAUCCUUGUGAGCAACAACUUACACCUGGUCCUUGUAAAGGUAACUUCUCACGUUGGUAUUAUGAUAAAUCAACACGUUCUUGUUCACAAUUUACUUAUGGUGGCUGUAAAGGAAAUCAAAAUAAYUUCUUGAAUAAAGAGUCAUGCAAUCAUAAAUGUAUAAACCCACUCAAAACUCAAGAACUCGAUACAUGUAAAUUACCUGCUCUUGUCGGUGAAUGUCAUGAUUACGUAAAUCGUUGGUACUUCAACUCUUUGGAUGGGCGUUGUAGACAAUUUUACUAUGGUGGUUGUGGAGGAAAUGAAAAUAAUUUCGAAACAGAAUAUCAAUGUGAAAAUAGAUGUAUCRAUUCUGGUCGUACUACAACCCUGGCACCUCCUCAAUUUUCAAAAGACAAAUGCUUCUUGAACCAAGACCGUGGAAAUUGUAGCAAUUUAUCUUCCAAAUAUUUCUAUGACAGACGAGACGGAGUUUGUAAACAAUUUAUGUAUGGUGGUUGUGGAGGUAAUGACAACCGUUUUGAUUCUAAACAAGAAUGUGAACAACAGUGUUUCGAUGCACAAGAUCUAUGUCAGUUGCCAAGAGUAGAAGGACCGUGUAGAGGAGAUUUCAGACAAUGGUAUUAUGAUAAAAAUAGUGAUAGAUGUUUCCAAUUCCGAUAUGGUGGGUGUCAAGGAAAUACUAAUCGCUUUAAUGACCGACAAUCAUGUGAAGCACGUUGUGUACAAAAUGUCUUAACAACAGUUGCUUCACCAAUAAUACCUGCAACACGACCAAGCGAUGUUUGUCUAAUUCCACUUGAUCCUGGUCCUUGCCUUCAAACCGUUGAUAUGUGGUAUUUCAAAACUUCCUCAAGACGAUGUGAAUCUUUUACUUAUAGUGGUUGUGAAGGAAAUGCUAAUAAAUUCCAAUCGGUUGAAGAAUGUGAAAGAAUUUGUUACCCGUAUAUUGAUCCAAAUGCAAAUACAAUUGAACAGAUAACAAACAUUCCAAAACCAGAUGAUCCACAAAUAUCCACAGACAUUUGUGAAGCAGGAAAAUUGCGUUGUAAACAACUUUCUGAAGAAGCAACAAGAUGUCCGUAUGGACUUGAACAAUGGGUUAAUGCUGUUGGUUGUGAAGACUGUCGAUGUUUUAAUCCUUGCUUGCCAGGACCAGAUCAAAAAUCGGUUUGCCCUGCCGAUUAUCAAUGUAUAGUGGACGUAAUUACGUCAGAUAACGGAGACUCGAAAUAUAAGGCCACAUGUAGACCMGUAUUCAAGCCAGGAGAAUGUCCUCAAGUUGCCAUAUACCAGAGCGACUGUGCUGAACAAUGUAGAACAGACGCUGAUUGUGUGGGAGACGACAAAUGUUGCUAUAAUGGAUGUGGUACUUUCUGCUUACGUCCACAGCCAUCCAUCUCAACAACAACAACACCUUCGACGACCACUGUGGUAACACAAGAAAAAGAAUCACCUCCGCAAAUCGUCACGGUCGAUUCAAACGUAGAGGCCGAUGAAGGUAACUUUGCCACUCUCAGGUGCAUAGUCAUCGGUACACCUACGCCAACGAUCGUAUGGCAGAAAAACACUACAUUGAUCGACGGAUCGGGUGGUCAUUACAAGCUGUUUGCCGACGGUACUCUACAAAUCAUUGGACUGUACAAAUACGAUUCUGGAGUAUACAUUUGCAUGGCAAGCAACGGUAUCGGUGAACCGAUCAGAAAAGAGGUUUACUUAACAGUUAAAGACCCAUCCCCUCGACCCGCGAACGUUAUCGGUGAGGAGAGCACGGCCGUCAUCGUCGCCCUCAACAGCCCCACCGUGCUACAAUGUUAUGCGGUCGGCUGGCCGCGGCCAAUCGUCACUUGGUGGCGUGCCGACCGGAUGUUGCCGAUGACGUCCGAAACGUACGAACAGCGGAACGACCAUUCACUGUACAUCCGGAUGGUGACGAUCAACGUACUUGGACCAUACACGUGCCAGGUAUACAACGGCAUUGGCCGAGCGUCGUCGUGGAGCGUCACUCUCCAGGCUCACGGUACAGCCGUCAAUCAACCUUAUAACCCAUACCUCGUGCCACCACCAAGACACCCAAGCACCGGUGACGUUAUCCGACUCAAGCCGAUCGUCGUCAGGCUCACCAGGCCACCGCCCAUAUACAGGACGGCCACGUCGCAACGCACCGAUAUCGAGACCACGCAGGCAACGCAGCAAAAGGUCUUUACUGUCCCUGUACGAGUUAAUAUAUCUUUGCCUACUACAACGAUCGCCGUCGGUUCGGAUCUGACGAUUCCUUGUUCAGUGGAUGGUUAUCCGAUACCCACUGUGACCUGGUACAAAGACGGACAAAUACUACGGAACAAUGAACGGACUCAAGCGACUGAAAACAAGUUGGUCGUCGUCCGCACAAAUGCUUCGGAUUCGGGUUCUUAUAAAUGUGAAGCAUACAACUCGUACAGCUCCGACGAGAAAACCGUAAACAUUACAAUAGAAGGCUUAUACAUUCAUCCAAACUGUACGGACAGUCGGUUCUUCGCGAAUUGUUCACUGAUUGUGAAGGGAUCCUACUGUAAUCAUCCGUACUACAAGAAGUUCUGCUGUGAGUCGUGCACGCGAGCCGGUCUGCUGCCAAACAACGAUUAUCAGACCAACUUCCCGUACAUCAGCAAUACAAUCAGACGGUUCAGAAGAGAUCUAGUCAACAAACUCCAGAGUUUGAACUUAUUCUGAGUGGAAUGCAACGGCUGAUCGCGUUGCAUUUUAGUCAUGAAUUCAUGAUUUAAAAAAUUAUUAUACAUUAUAAGAUUUAAAAACAAAAACAGAAUAAUACAAAUUUAGAUAAUAUCGC